UAUCAACUGAGUCGCCGAACAAGUUACCUCCAACCGUACAACCGGCACGCUUGCGCAUACAUACACAACUCAACACAGCCACCAUGGCCGCCAUGCAUUCAUCGAAGCUGAGCAAUCACUUUUCCCGCCACCGUAGCGGAAGCUACCUCUCCAUACGCUCCUCGAAUUCCACCACGAACCUAGCCUUGAGCCCUACCUCAAGCCCUCCCUCAAAACCGACCUCGCCAGCCACCUGGCCCUUGGCCGCACACGCCACAAACACCAGAUUCGAAGGCACCGAUGCCCUCCCCCACAAACCGCAAAGUAGCCCUCCAACGGGUCAUCGAAGCCCACCAAGCGCUGGAAGCAAAAGCAAACCAAGCCACAACGCCCACCAGCACAUCCAGCGACCAACGUCCCACAUCCUCCUCCUCAUCACUAUCACCACACCACAACGAAAACGACCGCGACAACGCCUUCGCCCACAACCUCAACAGCAUACCCCUCGACAAUGUCGAGCUCCGCGCCUUCCGCUACUUCCAACGCAUGUGGGACCCACGUAACCCCGCCUGGCGGGACGAGGAGUUCUACGCCGCCAUCGCCCCCUGGCGCACCGCCUUUGAAGAAACAGCACUCAAGCACUUUUUCAGCCGCGUCGCCAUGUGGGACGCCAGUCUAGAGGUGCGUGAGAGUAUGAGCCGGAGUAUUUUCCAGCGGCCGCGGCGGUCGCGGGCCAAGAGCGAUUUAAGCAAUAUUUCUGCUACUACGGCUGCGGAGCGGGAUGGAGACGAUGAGUUGAAGAAGGCGACUUCGAGGGAGGGGUUGGCGCAGCUGCUGUGGACGCUAUUGCAGGAUCCGAAGGGGCCGUUGGAGGGGCUGCAGAGGGAGAUUAUGGUUGCAUUGAAGGAGUGGUUUUGUUUGAAGAAUCUUACUACCGGGCAGAGGUAUGGGUCUUGACGUUUAGGGGAGAGGGGCGAAGGAUUAAUUUCUAGUUGUGAGAGGAGUUGAUAGUUUUUUUCGGUCUACCUGGGUCAGAAUCGUACAGGCUUUUGUUCUACA